AUGGAUUUUCUUUUUGUAAUAUUACUCGUUCAUUCGCAACGGCGCGUAUUUAAGACUCAUUUCGUUCACUUUCGAGUUCGAGUUCGAGUUCUCUCCACAUUUUCCACAUUUGGUUCAGAGAAACCAAUUUGCUUAGGGAUUAGUGUUUAUGUGACAGAGGGAGGAGUUCGUGUACCGACGAAGCCUCUUCUCCAUUGGAAUUUUGGAACGAGGAGAGCUAGAUUGGUAGUGUUUCCAAUCAGAGGAAGAAAUUGGUGUUUCAGCAGAUCCAUCGACCUUGCCGCUUCGGAUUCUGCUUCUUCUCAGAUUCCUUCCACUUUGAAGGAUCUCUGGACAAAAAUUCCAUCGUCUUCUUCCUCCAAAUCAGACGCUCUCUCCCGCAGCACUGGUAGAAGCAAUGCGGAGAUUUUUACUGAUUUCAUCUCUUUCAAGAUGAAUAAAGCGUGGACUGCUCUUGAGAAGGCGCCUGAUAAAUCGUUUAAAAAUAAACUUCACGGGAUCGGAUUGAUGCUUUUGUCUCGAGUUACGCCGUCUGAGAUAUUCUUGAAGUCAAUAACUAAAGAUAUCACGAGUGUCGAAAUAACAUAUCCAUCGAGUUUGAAUCCACGGCUAGUUCGCAGGAGGUUACGGCAUAUUGCUCUCAGGGGAAUUGUCAUCCACAAGAAAUACUUUUAUGGUUCAGUUUCAAUGCUUCCAUUGACAAGUACAUUGACUGUUUUACCGCUGCCAAACAUUCCUUUCUUUAGGGUUUUGUUUCGCACAUAUUCUCAUUGGCGAGCUCUGAAGGUACAUCUGUACUUGGCUUUUGGACAUCAUCAUGUUUUAGUGUAGCUGUCACUUGACCAUUGGAUUUUAUUAAAUUCUUUAAGAGUUCAUUGCAUGUUCUUAAUGUUUCUGCAUUUUUCUUCAAAUGUACGUAAACAUAUAUACUUAUAGGAAAGCUCCUUGGGUGGGUCUUAGAUAGAUUUUACCUGUGCUAUGUUCAAAUAUCAUCAUUAUCAUUAAUCCAAUAGAUUAAUCCAAUAGGGUCAAGCCCAAUAAUUAUAUGAGCUCAUUAUAUAUUUAUUUUAAAAAAAUGAUUUAAGAUACUUAAAUAUUUUAGGAAGAAGAUUUAGAUAUUUUAAAAAUAGAUUGUCUAGCCUCCGCGGUAAAUAUCCCUUCCCCUUGCUUAGGUUUUCAUCUCAAGAAACUCAAAACUCUCAAUUUCAAGAAA